AGGCCUCGGCGGCGGCGGCGGUAGUGGUUUCCGGAUUGGCCGAGAGGGUGGUGCCGCCGCCUGGACCGCGGAGUGGAAGAUGUUCAACGUGGAGUCCCUGGAGCGGGUGGAGCUGUGCGAGAGCCUCCUCACCUGGAUCCAGACAUUUAAUGUGGAAGCAGCAUGCCAGACUGUGGAAGAUUUAACGAAUGGGGUUGUGAUGGCCCAGGUGCUUCAGAAGAUAGAUCCUGUAUAUUUUGAUGAAAAUUGGCUAAAUAGAAUCAAAACUGAAGUGGGAGACAAUUGGAGAUUAAAGAUAAGCAAUUUGAAGAAAAUUUUAAAAGGAAUUCUGGAUUACAACCAUGAGAUUUUAGGACAACAGAUUAAUGAUUUUACACUUCCUGAUGUUAAUCUUAUUGGGGAACACUCAGAUGCUGCAGAGCUUGGAAGGAUGCUUCAACUCAUUUUGGGAUGUGCUGUGAACUGUGAGCAGAAGCAAGAGUACAUCCAAGCUAUCAUGGUGAUGGAAGAGUCUGUACAGCAUGUUGUCAUGACGGCCAUUCAAGAGCUGAUGAGCAAGGAAUCUCCAGUUUCUCUUGGAAAUGAUGCCUAUGUUGACCUUGACCGCCAGUUGAAGAAAACUACAGAGGAACUAAAUGAAGCUUUGGCAGCAAAAGAAGAGAUUGCCCAGAGGUGCCAUGAAUUAGACAUGCAGGUUGCAGCAUUGCAAGAAGAAAAAAGUAGUUUACUUGCAGAAAAUCAGAUAUUGAUGGAAAGAUUAAACCAGUCUGACUCAAUAGAAGAUCCUAACAGUCCAGCUGGCCGAAGACAUCUUCAGCUACAGACUCAAUUAGAGCAGCUCCAGGAGGAGACAUUCAGACUAGAAGCCGCCAAAGAUGACUAUCGAAUACGAUGUGAAGAAUUGGACAAGGAAAUUUCUGAACUCCGGCAGCAAAAUGAAGAACUAACCACACUGGCAGAUGAAGCUCAGUCUUUGAAAGAUGAAAUAGAUGUUCUUAGGCAUUCUUCUGAUAAAGUGGCUAAACUUGAAGGCCAAGUAGAAUCAUAUAAAAAGAAACUAGAAGAUCUUGGCGAUUUGAGGCGGCAAGUGAAACUGUUAGAAGAGAAGAACACGAUGUACAUGCAGAACACUGUAAGUCUAGAGGAGGAGUUAAGGAAAGCCAACGCAGCUCGCAGUCAGCUUGAAACAUACAAGAGACAGGUAGUAGAAUUGCAAAAUAGAUUAUCUGAAGAAUCAAAGAAAGCAGAUAAAUUGGAUUUUGAAUAUAAACGGCUGAAAGAAAAAGUGGAUAGUCUUCAAAAAGAAAAGGAUAGAUUAAGAACUGAACGGGAUUCUCUUAAAGAAACCAUUGAAGAACUUCGAUGUGUACAGGCCCAAGAAGGGCAGCUCACCACUCCAGGAUUAAUGCCUCUGGGAAGUCAAGAGUCUUCAGACAGUCUGGCAGCAGAGAUUGUUACACCUGAAAUAAAAGAGAAACUUAUUCGUCUUCAACAUGAAAAUAAGAUGUUAAAACUUAAUCAAGAAGGUUCUGACAAUGAAAGGAUUGCAUUAUUGCAGAGCCUGCUCGAUGAUGCAAAUCUUCGAAAGAAUGAAUUAGAGACAGAAAAUAGGCUGGUGAAUCAGAGACUUUUGGAAGUACAGUCACAAGUUGAAGAAUUGCAGAAAUCUUUACAGGAACAAGGUUCAAAAGCAGAAGAUUCAGUUCUUCUGAAAAAGAAGCUUGAAGAACAUUUAGAGAAGCUGCAUGAAGCUAAUAAUGAAUUGCAGAAGAAACGAGCCAUUAUUGAAGAUUUGGAACCAAGAUAUAACAACAGCUCAAUAAAAAUUGAAGAAUUACAGGAAGUUUUGAGGAAGAAAGAAGAAGAAAUGAAGCAAAUGGAAGAACGAUAUAAGAAGUACUUGGAGAAGGCCAAAAGUGUUAUCCGUACUUUAGAUCCUAAGCAGAAUCAAGGAGCAGCUCCAGAAAUACAGGCUUUGAAAAACCAACUACAAGAACAGGACCGGAUGUUCCAUUCAUUAGAGAAAGAAUAUGAAAAAACGAAGAGUCAAAGAGAGAUGGAAGAAAAAUUUAUUGUUAGUGCCUGGUACAAUAUGGGAAUGACACUGCAUAAAAAGGCAGCUGAAGAUAGACUUGCUAGUACAGGUCCAGGGCAGUCAUUCCUGGCCAGGCAAAGGCAGGCAACAAGCGCAAGAAGGUCCUACCCUGGCCAUGUCCAGCCAGCCACAGCAAGGUAGAGAAGUCUGGUCAUUGUGGCCAUUGGAAAAGUAACCGACCUCCCUUCAAAGCAAACUUCUGUUGCACGUGACAACAUUUCAGGAAAUUCAGCCAGCUUAUUUUCUGUGUUCUGUACCUUGUUAAUAAUCAUUUAUUCUGCAUUUCAGUCAUUUUUUCCUCCCUGUGUCUGUAAUGUAUUAGUUUCUUCUGACAUUUCCUUUGGAGUCUUUUUUUCUUCCUUUUAAUGUGCCAAAAUUUUUGGGAUAUCCAAUAAAGAAUGUUGCAUAACA